GAAUUGUAUAUUGAAGAAAUUUUUUGUUUAUUGCACCAGGAAAAUUGUAUUUCGUGAAAAACUAAUUCUUAAAAAUGAGUGCUACCAAAAUUAAAAGCAGCAACGAGAGUAAGAUGAAAAAUUUUUGCCAUAAUUUACCAAAAAUUGAACUUCAUGCACACCUAAAUGGAUCAUUGAGCUGCCAGACUUUAACCAAAUUGUUUAAUAUGAAGCACGCCAGGGACACUAAUCAUGAAAAUUUUGAUGUUGAAAAGUGCAAUUCAUUGACAGAAAUAUUUGAUGUUUUUUCUUUGGCUUAUUCUGUUACUGAAACACCAGAAGCAGUAUACACAGCAACAUAUGAUACAAUUAAAGAAUUCUAUGAAGAUAAUGUUAUUUACUUAGAGCUGAGAAGCACACCACGGGCAUGUGAGAAAAUGACAAAAAAAGAGUAUAUAUUAGCUAUCACACAAGCCAUCAAAGACUGCAAAAAAUCUAAUUUGUCCAUAAAAGUAAAGUUACUUAUAUCUGUUAAUCGGAAACAAGGCUUUAAAGCAGCAAAAGAAAAUAUUCGACUGGCAAUAGAAAUGAAGCAAGAACAUGACUGUAUAGUUGGAAUUGAUUUAAGUGGAGAUCCUACAAAAGGCGAGGCCUUCAUAGAGCUGCUUCACAUAGCUAGAACAGCUGGUUUAAAGAUAGCUGCCCAUUGUGCAGAGGUACCAAAUGAAGUAGAAUCAAUGGACAUAAUAAAAUUCAAACCUGAUAGACUCGGACAUGGUACAUGUAUACAUCCACUCUCAAAUGGAUCUGAAGAAUUGUAUGAAACUUUUUUGAGCUCAAAAAUUCCAGUUGAGUUGUGUUUAUCAUCGAAUAUUAUGUGCAAAACAGUUCCAACUUACGAUGCUCAUCAUUUUAAGUACUUAUAUGAAUCAAAGCACCCCCUUUGCAUAUGCACUGAUGAUAAGGGCGUUUUUAACACAACGUUGUCAAAAGAAUUAAUUUUGGUCAUGAAAUAUUUCAACUUAAGUGAAAAUGAUCUCAUUAAACUUAUGAAAUCUACUGCGAGUUAUGCUUUUGCAAGUUGUAUUGAAAAGAAUGAAUUAAUAGAAAUCAUCGAUGGAUUUUCCAAGUCUGCUGAAAAUACAGUUAAAGUCACUAAGAAUUUCAAAUAA